ACCGUAGGACUAUUCAAAUUUAACCAAACACGCGUGUGUGCUAUGCAGCGGCUUUGGAUGCGUUAGUUGUACGCACUGCUCAUUUCCCAAACUACUACCCCGUACACACACCAACCAGAGCAUGCCAUCCACAGCGCUUGUAUCCACUCGUACACAGUUGGCGACCUCCACUGGCAAGCCAAUGCUGCCCACAAGCCACUCCCCCAUGUCUCCGUCGGUCAUGGCUGGCACUGCGCCGUUCCUUGUGACACUGCGCAUCAUGCUGGACUCGGAAAACCCCGACGUCCUGCGAUGGACAUCUGACAGCGCCGCCUUCCAAGUACUCGACAUGGCUCGGUUCACGCACUCGGUCCUGCCAAAGUACUUUAAACAUGGCAAAUACUCGAGUUUUCAACGUCAACUCAACUACUUUCACUUCAAGAAGUGGACCAAACGGCAGUCCAAGGUGUGCACGUUCUCCAACGCGCACUUUUGCCGCCACGACCCGGCCCUGGCGACAUUUAUUACCCGCAAACGAAGCACGAGUAGUACUACCUCUAGUAGUAGUACUAGUAGUAGUAGGAGUUCCGCGAGCUGCGCUAGUCAAGACCACGACCUGGACGUGCUCUUGGACUUUGAUCUCGUUGCCCACUGCUUGCCCGACACUUCCACGGAUGGCGACGCGUGGUGGAAUUGCAACCACCCGCCCCUAUUGUAUUAAUACAACCAUGUUGUGUUUCAGUACCAGGUAACUGUUAAUUACUACUAACGUAAAUGGCCAAAUAUAUGGUGCACUUGAAAGUGACCUCGUCGUUG